GGUGAGUGGCGACACAUCCCUCAGGGGGCCUCAGCCGUUUCUGCGUUCGACGACCGAGCGUGUCAUGCGCAGACGACGCCGACCUACUGUCGUCUGCGCCUCACGCAAUGACGCGGAAGCAUGGCUUCCUUACCAUGCUAGCGAGGGCUUUACUCCGUGGAAAUGUCGCCGCCAGGGUGACUUCUGGCCAGAAAACCUGGACACUGUCCUCCAACCACAGAGCCUCACGACUCUUAACUUACCUGGAGUAAGUUGUGCGUACUUUUCACAGGUGUUUCGCUGCGUGUGCUGGUAGUUCUUCCAGUGGUGCUGGUGUUUUUCUCACAGGUGUUUACUGGUGUUCAAGGACCGCGCGUGGAUAAGUUAGAGACCUCCCCUUGCCUUGAGGCAGAAGAAUUCGUGUUGCCUUGUUUACGACUUCUGUACAGGUGUGGUGGGUCAAUUGUUUGUUUUCGUGGAUAAUUGUCAACGAACACCACCGCCAUUACAUUGUGGGGAAUGGGCCGAGAGUGUGAUAUACGCUUCUUGAUUUCGAGACUAGAACAAGAUUUGCUGGAGUACCCUCUGUUCCACACUGGAGCCUAACCAGGCCGACAUCGGGAUAUGCCAUGGCAGACAUGAGUUCAGGACACCCAGGCCCUGGACCAGUUUCGUCUCAGCCUCAACUGUAUGACGUCAGUUCCGGCCAGGGAACUAAUGCUGCGCAUUCUGGUUACGCAGGCACCGUGCACGUGGGGUCGCUUGCAGACCGGUUGCGCGCGGCCGCGAGCAAGGGCCAGACGGACAAGGUCAAGGAGCUUUACCAGGCGGGAGCAAGAUUCGAACCAGAUCGGGAAGGACGAACAGCUCUGCAUUUUGCGGCUCUCAAUGGAUACGCCGAGACCUGUAAAUUUCUUAUUGAGAAAGGAUGCGAACUGGACUGUCAGGAUUCGAUGGGAUGCACAGCGCUCUUCAGGGCUUCCUCACAGGGUUUGCUGGAUGUGGUGCAACUGUGUCUGGAGGCAGGAUGUGCUGUGGAUUUUGCAGAUGAGCAUGGCAACACAGCAUUGCAUGAAGCAGCCUGGCAAGGAUUUAGCAAAACUGUAGAACUGUUGGUCAAGUACAAUGCCAAUGUCUUCAGGACCAACAAGACUGGAUUUACAGCCCUGCAUCUUACAGCCCAAAAUGGACACAAUGAGAGCACCCGAGUACUGUUGUAUGCAGGCAUCAACCCUGACCUACAGAACAAUUACGGGGACACAGCUCUGCACACAGCAGCUCGUUAUGGACAUGCUGGUGUGACACGCAUUUUGAUAAGUGCAAAGAGCAACCUCAACAUUCAGAACAAGAAUGGUGACACCACCCUACACAUUGCAGCAGCUCUUAAACGGCGAAAGAUUGCCAAAAUCCUGGUUGAAUCUCAUGUGGAUGUCAGCAUUAGGAAUAAGCAAAAUGAAACAGCAGUAGAUGUAGCGAGGAGGAAGGAACAUCCUGAUAUUAUUCUUAUCAUCACAUCCAUGUCGAGGCCACAUUCCACUGGACCUCGAAUUCGAGAAGCGCCAGGUGUGGUAUUCAAGGAUGAGAUUGAAAAUGAUGAUGGUCCUGUUGUUUGUGCUGAUGAUGAACCACCUCUUAAACCAGAGAAGCAAGAGAAGGAUCGCAGGUUUUUUCCAUUUUUUAAGAAGAAGAAGAAGGAUAAGGACAAAGAAAAGGAGAAGCAAGGCCAGGCGCCUGCCAUGACUGUGAAGAAGGUUGUCCCCACCAGUCAAGUGCACCCAAUAACUUCCAAACCUGUCACAGGGUUUUUUAGCCAGUACUUGCCAAGGUCUGGUAUGCAGUAUUAUCGGGACUUGGCUGGCAACAUCAAACAGGGUCCAAUUGGUUACUCACCAGUUUGUCAAUGUGGACCUGCUCUGCAUCACCUUGAAAGGUCUGUGCACCAGACUCGGGAAGAACUUUAUGAGCACAUUGAUGCUACUCACCAGGUCCUGCAAGACCGCAUAGAGCAGCUAGACAAGCGCACUGCACAGCAGGCACACUCUCUUGACCAUUUGACUCGUGAACGUCUGGAUGCAGAACGACGAGCUUUGGAAGAUAGACUCCAGCGAGAGAGACAUCAUAUGAAUUACGUGGUUGAGACUUAUGGGGAAGAUAUGAAAGGACAUAUUCACGACUGGAUAGAAGACAGGCUGGGGUCAUAUGGUCACUGCCUGGACCAUCACCAUGAUGAUACUGCCCUCCCUCCUCGGCACAUAUUUUCAGACAUUCACCUUGGUCCAGAUGGUGGUCGUUUGUUUCGAUCACGCUCAGAUGAGACACUGUCUUGCUCCGAUUACAGUGGCAAGGGCAGAAAGAAGCAGUUUUAUGAGUCGAGGAAGGCAGCCAUGGAACAGAUCCGUGGUUGGCGUGUGCCUUCCAAGGUCAGAGACUUGCCUGUAAAAAGACAACGUGGACAGAGUACUGACAACUUGGGCAAAAUUGAGAACCACAUGCCAGGGAAGGUUGGCAACAUCUCUGGCAGCAGCAAAAAUAUUGCCCGUCAUGUCAGUUCUGGCACUGUAACGAUAACCACAGCAGAAGUGCAUACAAGAUCUCAUGAUCGACUGCCAGAUGGAGCUUCCCAGAAGUUUGAUGUGAGUCCUAUAAGUGCAGGAGGGGUGCAUAAGGGGCCUCAUGAACGGCCAACAGGACAAUCACCAUAUGGCGCUAGUGGAGUGGCUAAUGGUAGACAGACUCCUGUUCCUGAUCAGGGUGCCAUUCCUAAACGCCAGUCCCAACUGUACCCAUCGCACCAGAAAGCUCAGUUCCAUCAGACUCCAUCACGCUUACAGAAUCAGUCAUGGCAAGCUCGUUCCCAUGGAGAUAUUGUGCAGACAAGUUCUUCUCCCACCACUGCUGCAGCUACCACACAGUCUAGUCAUCCUACAACAGCGGCCCAGCCAAGACGAGGAAUUCUUCGCAGCAAGACAGAAGACAGUGGCUUGCAUCAGCAUGUGCGGUCCGUUUCCACUCAUCACCAGCCAAAUUUAGACGAAAGGGGUCCUCUAGACGCAAAUGAAAGGCUACGAGCUUCCAGUGGACAAGAGGGCCCCUUGCCUCGAGAUGCGGGGUCCACUGGUCGUGCUGGAAGUUUGUUUGCUCAAAGUAGUCGCCAUAGUAAUCCUCUUUAUGGCACCACGCAGUCAGUGUUAGAAACAGCUGGAAACUUGAGUUCCAGCCAUCAAGACAAGUUAGAUGGAGAUAACAAGAGUUACCGACCACGCACCAGAUCAACUGAUUCUGUUUUGGAAGGAGAUGGUGCAUCUUCAAGUGGUCGAUUCCGCAGCAGAAGUGCAGAGCGUGUGUUGGAGGAAAGUGGAGGCACUCGACCUCUUCAUUCGCCAGAGGUGAGCAGAGAGAGUUCUGGGUACGUCACAGACUCUGCAGUUGGUAAAGGUUACCAUGACUACCCUGGUAGCUUGAUGAUGGGACAUAACUUUGGAUUUUACAGAGUAGCAGGCAGCGACAGGAAAAUGGGGUACCAGGGGAGAGACAUUGAACGGCCAGACUCCCAUGAGAAAAACAGUGUACGACCUGGAUCCGGCGAAAGACCUGCAGAAUACAGGGUGAACUCUGACAGUAGGGCUGUGUCUCUUGAACGCAAUUCGGGCUAUGCAACUGACUCUGGAGUGAAAUCAAAUAACCUCACUGCCAAAUCCAAUUCUGCAAUCUCAGUGUUUGGUCAGAGCAGUCAUGUGUCGUACAAUCCAUCAUCUCAUCGAUUACCUGCCACCCGAUACAGAGUGCUCCCACCAAUGGCAUCAACUUCUGAUCUCCAAAAUUCACAAAGCACUAUUGGAAAUGCAAAAGAAAAUAAAGCUGGUGGCAGUAUACAUGGAUAUUCAGGGAAUGUGAACAGUCAGCAGGUAAGCAGUAACUGGAGUACAGUUAAAGUGAGCAGUGAAACACAAGAUAGUUCUACAUAUAGGCAAACCAACACACCCACAGCAUAUCAAAACUAUGAUCCUUCUUUCCGCCAGUGGGACAGUUCUCUCAACUUCCAGGACCGUAGCCCACGCCAAGCAGAGAGUCCCCGAGAAACACGACCUGGGUUGGGAGGACAACUUGCAAAGGACAGGCAGCCUUAUCACAGCAUGCAUACACUGCACAAUGACCUGCCCAGGAAAACCGCCUCAAGCCCAUAUCAGUUGCAACCCACUAAGUCUGAGAGCAAUCUUGCAGCCAAAGAUCACAAGGACCAGCCUGCCGUUGCUUCUGGGCAGCCGCAGCACUUCCAUGCAUCCAGUGGCUGCCUGAAGCAUGACAAUUUCUCCUACAGCCCUGUAUACAAAGGUGACAGCAAGGAGGAUUCCACGUGCAGCAGCAAUCAAGAUUCUGGUUACAGCAGCCGGGUGCUGGCCUCUCAAGGUGCUGGUUAUGGCAGCGCUGGGCACAGUGCAGAGUCUGGCACACCUUCCUCAUCCUUUAGCACUGACCGCAGCAUGUCUGUCAGCACACCCAGCAAUGCCAGUUCCCCGUUUCUCCAUGCUGCAGGCAACACUUAUUCUGACUACCAGCACAUGGGAGGAAGCCCAUCAGAUUGCCAACGCCAAGCGGAUAACUUGUCAGAUUUCCAUCGCAGGGUCAUUUGCCACCCUGGUGGAAGCUCUUUGUACUCUCCAGCUGAUUUCCAGCCUCAGGGCAGCAGAAACAACCCUGACUAUCAGCGUCCACAAAGGCCAAGUACACCUUCCACUCAAAGGUCUAUAGCAAAUUCUGGUCAGAGCCCUAACACUUCUGCAAACAUGCAAAAACACAUUCAAGGCUGGUACCAGCAGAAACUCCUGGAAGCUGCAGAGAGACUUCGCAACAGUGAGCAGUAUGGUCAGCCAGAGACAGGCUACAGUUUUUCUACAGUUCCAAUCCACUAUGACCCUGUCCAUGGCAGUGAUGUGUGAAGGAAGUCUUGUGCCUCAUGAAAGAAUAGGUCUGAAUAUAGAAACAGUGAGAAAUGUUCAGCACAGAUGUUCCUGGUGCACUUGCUUGAAUCACCAGAUUAGCUAUGGAUUACACAAAAGGAAUCAUUAUCAGCAUGUAUAUUGAGUAUAAACAGUGGUGUGAAGCAUUACAACCAUGCUUCUUCCAAGUAUUCAAGUGGGUGUAGUCAUAAGAUGUCUGUGAGAAAAGAAUGCUUUAGUGCCAGUAAGUCAGCAACUACUAAAUUGUACUUGCUCCUGCCACAGAGCUAGUUUUCUACCAAGUACAUUUGAUUAGACAAAUAAUCUCUCUGAUACAGAGCAAGUGAAAAUCAAAUCAUCUUUCUAGAAAUGCUCAGUAUUUGUGUCAUUCUCAACCCACCCCUUGUUUUUUCUUUGAGAUGUUGUGAAUGCAUCUUAUGGUACGGUCGAAUGUAUGAAGCCUUUUUCCCCAUGCGAUGAAGGGAUUCACUGCAUUGAACUGCAGGCAGUCAAUGCUGAUGCCUUCAACCUUCUGUCCUGAAAAAUUCCACUAUUAUUAUAUGCAAAACCAAUAUGCAGAAUAGCAUCUGACUUUUCUUAUGUUUAUUAUGAACAUGUGUAGGAAUUUUUUUUUUUGUUGGGGGGGUGGGUGGGUGGGUCGAGGAGGUUUAUGUGCAAACAUAAACAGGUAAGCAUGUAUAUAUGGGUUCUUGUAUAUAAGUUUAAGCAAACAAGAAGAACUCUUGCAUUUUUCACAAUUAUUUAUAUACUUUUUGUACAAUUCAUUGUUUUAUUUUUAACUUUUUCAUUUUGUGACACCAAGUAAAAUCCUUAGUGUAUUUAUUCGACAAGUGGUAGUUCUGUCAUGAUGAACUGUAAUUCCAUCACAAUGUUAAAUCUGCCACACAAGAAAUCCCCAAACAACCUGGUACUCUUCAUGCUGAGAAAUGUUGUUGUUGUAAAUAUUGUAUUCACUUUAAAAAAAAGAAACAAACCAUGCCAUUCUUCCCCUAUGCUGGCAGUUUGGCCCAUUGUAGUAGUCGGUGCAUAACAUAUUUAUUUUGAUACUAUUUAUAUGCUUCAUCCUGUGACUGUGGAAUUUUUCCACUGUAUUUACUGCUGGUUUAUAGUUAACUCCUGUGAAAUAUUGAUGAGAUAAGGUAUCUCAUGUUUCAGUUUCCAGGACCUACCAGACUUAGCCUCUGCAGACUUAGUAUGCUUGAAAAUCUGGUCUCAGUUGUAGCCGAGUGUUGUAGAAUUAGUGAGGGAAAGAAAGCUGUAUGUCUGCAUCUAUCUGCACAUCACAUACAAAUGUAUCUAUUUGCAUCCAAUGAUGCAAGUGUGGUGUUGUGCACAAAUGACUAUAUAUAUAUCCAUGUUUAUUUAGGAGUGAACAAAUCCAUUGCAGUCAUGAGCAAAAGCAGAAUUCACAAUAUCAAAGGGUGCCUUAGUGUGAAUGGUUUUGAAAACAGCAGUCUUUGUAAAGUUCACAGAAAAUGGAAUCUGUUAAUAUUUUUUCAAAUGUACUUUCUCACUUAGUUGUAAAUGAGGCUGCCAGGUUUUUCUUUUAACCCAUUCCUAAGGAAUUGAGGAGUUUGUAGAUGAAACCAGGUUAUUACAGCUCUUUAACACUAUGAACAAAUGAAAUUGCUAACCCUUCACCUAAAGGUGCUUCUUUUAAAAAUUUCAAAAUAAGCAUUGACAAGGCCGUAUUUUACGAAUAACAAGUCAACUCUAACUCUAACACGGGAAGUGUCAGGAAAUAUUUUAGAGUUGAUGUCAAACACCAGUGAAGGUUAUCAAAACUCAGUUGAUAAACCCAAUGCACUUUUUUUUAUGGUAGAAUAAACAAAAUUCAUAGGCAGUAUUUUGUACACUAGAGUGCCUUCUGUUAAUGAGCAAAAACAUGUUAAUGUCAAAGAACAAGUAUUUCAGUUUUUCUUUGGUCAUAUGACUGCACUAAAUGUCAGCUUGGAGGUCGUAACAAUGAGCCCAACGAAUAAAAGUGAAUCAUCAUUGUAGUCUCAUUUCAGACAAGGUACUAAUUUUAUUAAAUCUUGUAGUGAGUGAGAGAAAAGCCAGCUGCUGUGAAAAACAAAAACCAAUAUUAGUUUUUACAUUUUGCACAUCUUGUUCAAAUAGUUAUGGAUCCUGUAGAUUUGACUCAAUGGUUCUGUUAUUGAUGUUUAAUUUUGUUUGCUUAUGAACAAUGGCAGCUUAAAAUCCUUGUGCAACACUAUUUUGACUUUCUGAUCUCUAUACCAAACGUUUCCAAAAGAAUCUUAUUUUAUCAGAGCAUUGUUAUGAGUUAGAAUAUGUGUUUCAGACAGGGUUGAAGAAUGGGUUCUACACUGUUCAGCUGGUCUACCAUACUGUACAUUUUUUUUUUUCAAAUGAUGAUUGAGGGCUGUAAAAAUAUCCCAAAAUGUGAGUGAAUAACCCUCUUCCAUACUAAAAUUUACAAGCCUGCAAAACAAAAUGUUAGGAAAUAAUCCAGCAUCAGGAAUGCUUAGGUUAUCAAGUUUAUCUGUGGCUUGGACUUUAUGUGUGGUGUUGUGCGCAUGAUGCACCUUGAUAACGAAGGGGCAUCACACUCAAGUUUUGGAGACGUUUAGAACUCAUUCAGUCUAUUUCAGUUUUGCAGACCUCAGCCAUGGAGUAAUGAUUGUAGUUCGUUUGUGUUCAGUACUGGGCAGUUAGGUAUCACAGUGGAAGACUAGGGUGGCAAAAUGUUCGGGAGAAAAAAAUGCUUGCUGCCACAACUGCCUGUAAAUGUCACAUCAGAAAGUUUUCCUGCCAAAACUUACAAAAAUUACCAAUUUUGUUGUUUCUGGGGAGCUGUGGAGUACAACAUUUUACAUCUACUGCUGGAUUCAUAUCCUGAAACAUGUUGUGUUCAAUGUUUUCAUCACUUUGCAGCAUGCACAAGACUGAUGAUCUUGCUACAAGGGGAGGGAACUUGUUUUUUAUACUGCAGUGUGGUAGGGUUCUGUUAACGGUAGAGCCACAAUGCACAGAAGCAAAGGACAGAAAAACCAGUUCUAUAUAUGGCAUGACUAUGCACUCACCUUGUUUGUUCAAAAUGAAACAAUGGCAAAUACAUUUUUCUUGUUUGAAAUUAAA